AUGUUGGGAAGCGGUGGCGAUUAUGCCAUUGAGGUAGUAACGACAGCAACUCCUAGUGUACCUCAGCCUUCGAAACUUCAUGACGCAAACAACAAUGGUCCAGGUGGACGUGAAAAUAUCUACCCCUAUCCUGAGUACUCUAACCUUAUGGGCUAUGACAAUAGCGUUAGCCAAGGCCGUCCCUUUCCGAAUGAUACCCAUCCCGGGCCGCUGCAGACCUUGGUCAGUCAGCUGGUGGCCAAAAGUGAGCUUGGCUCAAACGAGGCCAAUUACGACCAUCUUUUGUAUUCGGCCUCGUCUACAGCGGCAGCGGCUGCCUAUUCACCCUUCUACGGCAAUCAGUCGGGAGGAAUGUCGACGUCCUUCGAGAACUUUUAUCCGCACAGCUAUACAGCUUAUAUGUCCGACCACCUAAAUAAUUCCACAGAUCUGAAUGGCUUUCCGUAUUCCUCCACCUAUGCGAGCAAUCGGGUGUACGAGACGAGUGAUUAUGGGGCGGCGUCCAACACUUAUCAAAAUCAGCAUCCUUCUACAACGAAUGCUAAUAAGACGGCGCCCACUUCAAAUACCAUCGACUCCUCUUCCACAUCUUCAGUCACUUCAACGUGCUCGGCGAUGGAUUCGGCCUUUAAUAACACGGGCUUUUAUCUUAAACCUGAGGAGGGUGGAAAAGUAGGAAGGUUUUUUACCAGCCCCAAUGAUGCUGCUGCUACUGCUGCCCUUACUACUACCACUACUUGUAACACCAGCAGUAGUAUAGAUAAGGAGCAGAGAAAGCGGAUGGUGGAGGCUCGAAGGAACGGUGCAGAUACGGGGAAGAAGGCACGAACACAUCAGCAAAAUAAGAAGGCGGAGAUUUCUCCCUGUGUCACCGAGAAGGACGUAAAAUCGGGCCUUGCUGUGGGGGAAGAUCACAGCCCUCUAUCCAUAGGAGUGGACUCCGGAGAUGAUUCGAAUUCCAGCGGGGAUGAUGAGCAUGGAACUGGGAAUAAGGAGGAGCAUAUAAUAGCCCCUGGAUCGCAUGGCCAAUGCCUUCUGUGGGCAUGCAAGGCAUGCAAGAAGAAGACAAUGCAGGUCGACCGUCGAAAGGCAGCAACAAUGCGAGAGCGUCGACGUCUGCGCAAAGUCAACGAGGCUUUCGAGACGUUGAAACGGCGCACCUGUUCUAAUCCGAAUCAGCGUAUGCCAAAAGUGGAGAUCCUACGUACGGCCAUUGAUUAUAUAGAAAACCUGGAAGAGAUGCUCCAUCGCAAUGGAGUUCUUCUAGGAUCCUCAGCCUCUUCCUCCUCAAUUUCCGGCACACUUCUCCGCUCCUCCGGUCGCUACUCUACCGGUGCUGGUGUCAACGGCACUGCAGUGAACAGUAAAAUAACCUCAGUAGAGAGUGCCAGAAUUCAACGAACAGGUGGGGGUAGUAGGGGCCGGAAGGCGGGGACACUUACAAAAGGUGAUAAAGUGGGGAAUAACCGAGCUGACUACACAAACAUGGCUGCCACUCCGGCUACAAACAAUGGUCAGGCUUCCUUUAUGAAAAUGGAGAACUCACAAUCCAUGGAAGAAUGCGAUGUAGAUUUUAAGAUAAUUAAGAAAAAGGCGGAACAAUGGUUUGUCUCAUAG